UGCUUUUCUUCCUCUCUAGAUUAAGACAGGUCUUCCAGUCCAUAUAAAUGGGACUUUUGCAGUCACAUCAAAUAGGAAAGGCCUAUGGGAAAAAGGAGUGAAGUCUGAGUGGAACAAUGCUUUACUUAAAGAUGCUGUAACCUCUGCUUACAUCACUACACUGCUUGAGCUGAAGAAAAUGUCUCGAAAUGGACAUAUCAAGAACUAUUCCUUCUAUGCAUUCUGGCCUAACACUGAGAGAGUAAGCAAAGGAUUUUUACCCCUGGUUGAGUCUUUCUACUCAGCAGUUGCACAGAAUGGCAAUGGUAAAUCUCUGGAUCUUUUUAGCAAUGGACAUAAUUGGUGUUCUAUGGACAAGGCAAGAUUUCUAAAUCCAAAAAUUGAGAAGAACCAAACAGUUGGAAACAUUGCCAUGAAAGUGUUCUUGAGCUUGGGAGCUUCGUACUCCUGUGUUGUUUCUCUCCCAACAUGGGUAAGAGACAGUUUUAAUUAUUGUGGCUUCAAGGAAAUGAUCCAACAGAAGACAAUCAAUUGGCCUGAGUUUUACAACAUUGUGUUUAAGAACUUGAGUGCUGUGGACAAAUGCAACAUAAAUUCUCUUGUUCUGAAUGCCAUCGAUUUGAAUGAUCCUGCUGUUGAUGACUUGCUGAAAAGUUACCCUUGCAUUCCAACACAGAGAUGUCAGAAGCUUCAAUUUAUCAAGCGACUUGUGAAUCCGUCUGGCAAAGUGGCUUGUUUGUAUGCACUUGAGGAAGGACGCAUUCUUGAAGGAACUGCAAAUGACUUCCUCUCACCACAGAGGAUUCAAAUACUUUCAGAUUUGGGAAUGCUGAGUGACCGCCUCCCUUUAGAAGACAUCACAGAAAGAGCGGGGAAGAUAUCUAGUGUUUGGAAAGAGGAUGAAUCUAAAUUUCAUAAAUGCCUUCAGUGUCUCAUGCAGUCAAUGAAAGACUCCUCAGAAGAUGUGAAUUCUCUGCACUGGCUCACCCUGUCUCAAAUACCAUUCCUUCCUGUCUUAGCUCCUUUAGUUCAGCAAAAGAUGAAGACCACCAUUCUUAAAAAACCCUCAGAAGUUUACAGUGCCCAUUGUCGCAAUUUAGUAAGCAUGACAGAAUUUACAGUUGAUCAUUCAAAUCUUCAAAUACACAGUUAUGAUCCAGUUUUCCAAAAACUGAGAGUACAGACAUAUCCACCAGUUAAAACAGUGCUCCAGCAGCUGUUAAAUGCACACAAACACUGCCAUGCAUUUGAAAAGUCUGCUCUCCUUAACAUUGCUCAGACUUGCUAUGAAUAUCUCAACUAUUACUUGUUGGAACAGAAAGAUCCCAAUCCAAUUAUUGGGCAUGCAAAAUCAUACCCACUCAUUUUCAUCGAGGAUAGCUUUGUAAAUGUGAGGUCAGUGGCCAGAAGUGAAGAAUUUGAACAGAAACCAUAUCUCUAUGUGCUUCCAGUCAUUUUCUCCAAAUUUGAGAGGCUGUGGGACUGUCUUGGUGUCAAAAAACAAUUCACAAAGGAGCAAUUUGUUGCUGCAAUUGAGGAAAUGAAGGCUUUAUAUGGAUCUCACCCUCUUUCCAAAUUAGACCUCCAUAAGUGUACUGCAAUACUCGUGAAUGGACUGUAUAAAAUCAAAGAAGAAAUGAUUAUAAACUGUCUCAUACCUGAUGAAAGCGGUGUGUUGACAUCUUCUAAAGAGCUGAGAUUCAAUGACAGCCCAUGGAUGCCUGUCUCAGCUGGUGUCAAGCUCUCCCAUGAGCUGAUACCUCGGCCUGUGGCCUGUCAUUUUGGUGUGAUAACAACAAGACACCAUACUCUAAAAGAACAUUUUGUCAGUGGGUUUUCCCUUCAUGCCAAAGAGUUUGGGCAAACCGAGAAACUGACUGUCAGAUUAAAAAAUAUAAUUGAGGCAUAUCCAUCUAAAAAGGAUAUUCUGAAAGAGCUCAUUCAAAAUGCUGAUGAUGCAGAGGCAACAGAAAUUCACUUUGUGUGGGACAAAAGAAAACAUAUGACAGAAAAGAUAUUUGGAGAGAAAUGGGAACUGGUUCAAGGGCCAGCCCUUUGUGUGUACAACAACAGAACAUUUUCUGAUGCUGAUUUGCAAGGUAUUCAGCAGCUGGGGGAAGGAGGAAAACAUGGCACUUUAGGGAGAACUGGGAAAUAUGGACUUGGCUUCAGUUCAGUGUAUCAUCUCACAGAUUGUCCAUCUAUCCUGACCGGUGACAAAUGGCUCUGCAUUUCUGAUCCAAAUCUAAAAUAUGUGGAAGGUGCAACAAAACAGUCCCCAGGCUGCAAGUAUUCAAUGGAAGAUGAAUUUAAAAAGUCUUUUGAGGAUGUUUAUAAAACUUUUCUUCCAGAAAUGUUUGAUCUAAUUUCUGAAACCAUGUUCAGGCUCCCUCUCAGGACAGAGAAAAUGGCAGAAAAAUCUGACAUAUCUAGACAUACAGUCACAGAUCGUGACAUGGAAGAACUUUACUAUGCCUUAACAGAAGAUCCUGAAGGACUAAUUCUCUUCUUGAAACAUAUCACAAAAAUUGAGUUUUCAGAGAUCAGUGAAGAUGGAAAACAUACAAAAUGUUCUUUCCUUAUCGAAAAGAUAUACACAGAGGAGAGCAUGGUAAACAAAGAAAAGUUUCAUAGUCACGUUAAAGAAUCCCUCAUGUCAGGAACAGCAGAACCCUGCAAAACCAUGUACAUUAUUCAGAUCUCAUAUGGAAAUAAACAAAGUAAGUGGGUCAUUGCAGAGAGCUUUGGCUUCUCAAAACAAAUCCAUGAGAGAAAAAACAAGCAGGGUUAUUUCAAAGUUCCUCAAGCUGCUCUUGCUGCAUGUUGGAGCAGCUCAUUUACCCACACAUUUACUGGAAGGGCAUUUUGUUCUUUGCCCUUACCUGGAGAAACUGGUUUACCAGUUCACGUGAAUGCAAAUUUUGAAGUAGAUUAUUCCAGAAGGGACUUGUGGAAAGAGGAUGGUGACAGUCUGAAGACUGAAUGGAACCAGGCACUGAAAGUAAACAUAAUUUCAACACUCUACGCUGACCUCCUGUUAGGUCUCCGUUCAGUCAUAAAGAAAGAUACACCUACAUCUCUUGUAUUCCUCAAGUCAGAGCUAGAGAAUUCUUGGCUAAAAUACUUUCCAUGCAUUUCACAGAAAGUAGACAAAGUCUGGCAUAAGAUGAUUCACAAGGUCUAUAGAUCAAUUUACCAACGUGACCUUCCUGUCAUACCCACAGUAUGCGCUGUUUCUGAUUCAUCACAUCUUUCACAACAAAAAUACACAGUAACCUGGUGUAGUGUGUCUGAACCACAUUCAGAAAAUUGUCCAUAUUUUACAACUGUGGACCAUGAAGGAAUUUUCGAAAUUUUAGAUGACACCGGGAUGAAAUUAGUGCCAUACUCUUUGAAAAUGCAUGAAAUAAAAGCACAUUUUAAAGCAGCUGGUGUGAAUGUUACAGAAAUCAGUGCUUCAACAGUGAUGAACUUGUUGAAGCAAAGAUCACUGAAUGAUCCUUCCCAGACAGGUGGUAGUUUGCCUUUGCCUAUCAACCAGACUUUGAUCAAAAACAAAACAAGAUGCUCAAAACUUUUGAACUUCUGCUUGACAAAUGUCAAUGAGAAAAAUAUUAAUAUCCUCAAUGGGUUGCCUCUUCUUCUCACGGAAGAUCAGAUGUUAAGAGUCUUUGACUCUAGAUGCCCAAAGUUGUUCUCAAGAUUUAGCAGUCUUUUCCAAGGACAUCAGGAGAUGUUUGCCGAUAUUGUUGUCAAUGGAAAGCACAUGCAAAUUCUACACAAGGGAAUGUUUAUUAAGAGCUUAACAAUUGCUAUGGCAGCAACAUACUUGAAAACAGUACUUGAGCAGCUGCUCAGGAAAUCAUUACCUGAUCAAAGGUGGCAGCUCUACCAAGCAGAGAAAGAGACAGUUAAAUGGCUGAAAAUUUUAUGGAGCUUCUUUGAGGAUCAAGUGGAAGUCUACAAAAAUGGAAAGCUGAAUGUCUUCAGUGAGAUAAAAAAGCACUUUGAAGAUAGUCCUAUUUUACCAGUCAUAUGCCUCAGUCAAAAUAACACCAGAUUCUUACAAACAAUGAGGAAUGUAUCACAAGUGAUUUGGAAUCCAGAAGAAAAAAUAGCUUCCAUUCUCAUAAAACUGGGGUUCAUGAAAUUAGACAUUAGCUUUUUUAUCGAUUACAUAGACUUCUGUUUCAAGUAUAUACAUCCAGAGCUCCUGGAAACAGGAGACAGCUGUGCUGUUUUGGGAGGGGUUUAUCAUAUAAAUCAUUCCCAGUUUCAGGGCCUAUCAAAAGAUGAAUGUGUAGAUCUUCAACGCUUCUUACAGAAUGAGAUCAGAGAUUCCAAAAAGAAGGUUGAACGUGUGAGGAUGCUCAAGUCUUUGCCCCUGUUUGAGUCAAUAUCUGGAAAACGGGAUAGGAUUGAUUUACAUAGAAGGGUGUUUAUUCUGAAUUCUAAGCAUCACAAUUACUUUCCAAAUUUGUGCUGUGUCGAUGGAUGUGACAGUAUUUUCCUCAAACACAGCUGGGUGAACUUAGAAUUGUCAGAAAUUCUGAACAUUCAGGUUCUAGAUGAUUUGGAGUUCUGUGUACAAUUUAUUCUUCCUUCUGUGCACCAGAUGAAAGAGGCCAAGCUUCUUGAUUUCAUGCGGUUGUUAGUUGAACUUGGACCAGUGGAUCACAGGAUUGUCUCUGCAUUGAGAGAGGUCAGAUUUAUUCGAGACAUCCAUGGCUCUCUUCAGGUGGCUUCAUACUUCUAUGAUUCCGAUGUACACCUUUACAGGGUUAUGCUUCCAAAAGAGAGAUUUGUGCCAGAAACGUUUUGGGAGAUUUUCCAAGAUAAGCAUACUAAAGCUUAUUUGCUCUUAAAGGACCUUGGAUUGAAACAUGAAGUGUCUGAUGAGGAAAUCAUUCAAUUUGCAAAACAAAUUGAAUCUGAUACUACAGGCAACAUUCCUUUAGAUGUUCUUAAAAAAAGAUCACAACUCCUGUUUAAGACUGUUUUAACAAAGAGUAAUGACAAAAACUCUAAAUUACUGAACAGAGUUGCUAACAUUAAAUUCAUCUUCCCAGUGAAAAUUCAUCAAAUACUUUGUGAUUAUCACAAAGCCUUUGCACAGGAGAGCGAGGUUGUAGCAAUUAGUGGAUCAUUGAUUGACAGAGACAUCGAUCACCAUUUUCUCAUAUGGACAUCAAUGCCAAUCCUACCCUCAGAACUCUGCUCACCACAUAUUGUAAAGAAAAUGAAGAAUGCCGGUGCCUUGGAGACUCCACCCCCUGGAAAAAUAGCAGCUAAUCUGAAAAACAUCUGUAUGUCUCAGUGCCACACAGACAGAUUGUUGGAGACAAGAAAAAACAUAUUUAGAAAAUCAUACGCAUACCUACAGUCAAUAAAGUUUGAUGCCUCUCUGUUUGCAGACCUCCCUGUUGUCCUUGUGGAAAAUGGCACAACCCUUGUGAAAGCUCACCAAACAGUACUUGUACUGUCUAAUGCUCUUGAGUUUAGGCCAUACUUGUACAAUAUUCCUUCAAUCUAUAUGAAAUUUGAAGACUUCUUCAAGAAGAUUGGUGUCAAGGAGAGACCUACCAUCAAUAAAUAUAGCACUGUUCUUCAAGAAAUCUAUUCUGAUAGUUGUGACAAAGACAGCCUUCAGGCAAAUCAGCAGAAAACUGUGAAACGUGUUGUACAACAGCUGUUUUGCCUGUUGAAAGAGGAACAGAACAAAACCCCUUUUUUCCAAAACAACCAACUUUAUCUUCCUUCAACAGAUGGAAGACUAUAUGAAUCCUGCACUUUAUAUUUCAAUGACACCUUCUUCCAGGCUGCAAGACUUGAGGGUCCCUUGGAAACCAAGCUGAAAUUGCUGGAAAAAUUAAACUGCUGUCAUCUUGGAAACGAUCACUAUGAACAUCAGAUAUUGCUGCAGUUCCUUCAAGAGCAAGUUCGCCCAAAAUUUCUUUCGGAUGUCAUUUCUGAAAACCUGGAGGGAACAAGUGUACAAUAUUGCGACUAUGAAGGGGAGUGUGAAUUUAGUGGCUGGUUUGGCAAGCACUUGUCUUCUGCUGCAUUUCUUCAUGGACUAGUCUGUCUCAUCAGAGAAGAGAGCAAAGGUGGGGUUUCAUAUUCUGAAGCUGAAAAAAAGUGUGAAGAAAUCUUUUCUAAGAUUCAAAUCAUCUGCUGUAAAACUCUUCAAACUGAGCUUCUUUUAAACCUUAAGCCACUUGAGGGUAGUAAGGCUGAAACAGAUGUUUAUGUGAAAAAACAGCAAGGUGGAUGCAGUUUCUACUUGAAACACAAUGAUGACAUAGCCCCCAAUGUAGUAAGUGAAAUUACCAUGUGUCUUACUAAAGAAAUCAAUGCUCUUCUAAAGAACUGUCUAACCACCUCAAGCCUUCUAGUUCUAGGGAGACUUCUGCAUUGUGAUAAUAUGGAGGAUGUAGAGAAAGCAUUGGCAAGAUACGGCAUUCAUAACAGUGGCUACAAGGAUGAACGACAUGGUUCCUUACCAAAACCUGGAUUUUGUAUACCUGAAGAAUGGCAUUACUGCCUUGAUAUGAAUGUCCUCAACAACUUUGAAAGUGGAGAUUAUGUUGGCUGUAGUAAGGCUGAUUCUGGUGAAUAUUUCUACGCCACUGUCAUCGAGCGAGUGGAUGAUCCACUGGAACAAAGAAGACAGUUUCCUGCCAGAUAUAAAAUUCAGGUUGGCAGUGAUGACUUCAUUGAAGUAAGCUCUCUUGACCUUUACCAAUUUAAAAGGGAAAAGAAGGCAACUGUGUCAAAAGGGUCCACUUGCACAGACAUAGAACAACUUUUGACAUCUGGGCCUCCACCCAAAACAGUCUUUCCUGAGACUUUGGAAGAAAUUAAAAGAGAAAUUGACCAAAGCUUAAAUGAAUUCUGGAAUAUGUCAAGUGAGGACAAACAAAAAGCUAUUAAACGUCUCUACCUCCGCUGGCAUCCAGACAAAAACCCAGACAACGAAGCACUUGCCACAGAGGCAUUCAGAUACCUGCAAAAGAGAAUUGAGGAACUACAACGAGGGACUACAACUACAACUGCAACUACAUCUACAACUGCACAUAACACAUCCUCAAACUGGAGAGACUUUCGAGAUUUCUAUGACAUGUGGAACUCAGAGGCACAAAGUCACAGGAGGGGACGUGAGAGAUUCUAUCAGAACUAUUCUAGAAGGCAAUAUAACUUUUGGUCAUACCACAGAGAAACUCCAAGGCCAAACAGAGGAGAAGCAAAACGCUGGUAUGAACAGGCUCAAUGUGAUAUCAAAGCAGCUCAUAAUGACACUGGAGGAGAUAGUUCAGAGUGGUGUCUGUUUAAAGUGCAUCAGGCUGUGGAAAAAGCCCUGAUAGCAGCGAUGUACAGGGGAAGUGGACACCAACCCAACAACUGCACAAUAACUAGCCUUGCUCAACAGGUGUCCCAUUUCAGUUCACAGUUGGCCUCUUUACCGAACACUGUGAGGCAACUGACUGACCUUGGUGUGGAUGACAGAAAAACUCAAUAUCCAAAAUAUCACCAAUUUCCUCACAUUCCAAACAAGCAAUUUGGUAUUAAUAAUGCCAUAAGGGCAUUGGAUAUUGCAGCAAAGCUUUUAGAAAAAAUAGAAGAAUACAUAUCUUGAAAUUUUAUACUGUUCAAUAGAGGCAAUCAUUUGGACCUCUUUUUUUUAGUAUAUUUUUAACACUGUUAACAUGCAUAAUGGAAAUUCUUAAAUCUCUGGCAUUAAUAAUGCCAUAAGGGCAUUGGAUAUUGCCACAAAGCUUUUAGAAAAAUAAAUAAAUAAAAAAAAUAGAAGAUUACAUAUAUUUAAAUAUUAUACUGUUCAAUAGAGGAAAUCAUUAUGAUCUUUUUUAAUGUUUAUUACUGUUAACAUGCAUAAUGGAAAUGCUUCAAUAUUUGUAAUCAUGUUUUGAUAACUGUCAAUCUGGUUAUCUUUUUGCUUAUUAUUAUAUGCAACAUUUAUAUUAUUCCGUACUGGGCAUUCUUGUAGCAAACAGUAGAGCAUGGCAUUAGCAAUGGCAUGGCCAUGGGUUCAAUUCCCAGGGAUUAAAUGAAA